AUGGAGUUGGGUGGCCAUAGUCUUAAGGACAUUCUUAUACGCAAACCACAAGUAUUUGGUCGACAACCGGGAGAACCCAUGAAUUCAAUCGAGUUUUACAUAUCGUGUCAUAUAUUCAAAGAGCUCUUAGAGUGCGUCCAGUAUUUGCAUGAAUUGAGUCCACAGAUCAUCCACAGGGACCUCAAACCCGACAAUAUUUUGUUGGCGAAGAAUGUAAGGAAGGGUAGUUCACUGGAAUUGAGUAUUUACUCGGGAUAUGAAAUAUAUGAGAAAUUCAUUAAAUUGGAUCAAAUCAUUGACUCAAUGAGUGCUGUAAUUGAUACCAGAAGACCCGAGUGUUCGCCACUCAUAUGA